AUGGAGCCCAUCCGGAAUUCUAGAUUAACCCUAAUUUUUAGUAAACCCAAAGCGACAAUAUUCUACGUCAAAAACCGUGUGCCAGGGCCGGAAGACCUAAGAUGUGAUACCACCCCGUUUCCUUACUUCAAGACGCGGCCGUGUUUUGGCUAUGGACCUGAGUUGUUGAUUAAUGAUGAAAUUAUACAGCAAAAUCGGAACUCUAUCCACCGCCUGGCCGACCAUUCCGAGCAAAUUUAUUGUUUGAUGGAAAAAGCGAAGCGUAUUUAUGCUGAA